AUGGCGUUUCCACCACGACUUGUGCGAUCGCGGACAACAGUCUUCAAGCCACAAUGCACACAUCUGACUAUGGCACGGGUUUAUGAACUAGAUGCAAAGUGCUUCUCAUGCAAGGAACCCGGUCAGUUUGGUUGGCUAUAUCAGUGCACCCAGGAUUGUGACAAGAUAAUCCAGGAGAAGCUAUCAUGUAUGGACUUUUUGGACUAUGUCUUUCGAAAGAGUAUGAGCAUACGAAAAGGCAGCCCAGAAGCUCGAAAGGACAAACUUAGCUUUCUUGAUGAACUCACUCCUGAGCAGAUGGCCUGUUACCGACCAGACCAGAUUGCGACCAUCUUGAGACAACGUGAGAAAUUGAAGAGUGCCAUCGCAGAGGAGGAACUUAAGAGAAGAAGUUUGGCUCUACUUGACAACACGCCUCCACUCCACGGCUUAGGAGCAUUUAUGGAUGAGAAUACUGGAGAAUGGGCAUACGGCGAGAAUAAGAGUUGUCAGUACAGAGUUUGUCCAAGGUGUCGUCCCGUGUGCGUCGACCGGUCAUUUUUGAGCCUUGAUGCAGUUGCCGACGGAGAAAUCCCCCCAACCGCCGCCGCAGGUUUUGGAUUCGAAGCAUUGGGAGGGAGACCAGUCAUUGAUAAAGAUGUCAUCAAGUCUAUCAACGAGCAUCGCACGAAGGCAAAUAACCGCCAAAUGAUGGAGCUGCUCGAAGAACAAAUCGCCCGUAUGCUAGGCCGCCAUCACAAAAACCCAGAUCUUAGAAACGUGCUUAGAAAGACAGCAUUUGCGCCCAAACCACGAAGGUUGCCCAUCGUGAAAAAAGUUGCAGCCACUGGUCAGUAUCCACAUGAAAAAGAACCAGCCCCGACCAACAUUACCCAAUAUGACAACCAAGUAUUCGCAUCUUCACAUACACCCGACUUGCUAGAAAAUCCCUGGCCAUGGUUGAACACGUUUGGGAACGGGUACAUGACUGAAGCUUCUCGAGAUCAAGUACAGGAGCAAUCACAACGGCAAGGGCUGCAAGUCACGCGUAUCCCCCGUCCUACCACUCCUUCACGAUCUACAAGACGUCGGUUGGCAGAUCAACUCAUGUUCAGCACUUCACACUCUCCACCCGACGAAGGCUAUCCCUGGCGACUUCUUCCGAAUCACGGGAAUGUCGAGGCGAGAGAUCCUUGUCUUCGCAGACGCUCAAAGACCAUUGACUCGCGGGGGAGCAGUGUUGGACACAACUUGGCAGAGUGCUCGGCUAUGGCAGACAACGGCGUGGCCAUGACAGAGGAGAGUAUUGAAGUUGGACUCCCCGACGUGGUGACUCAAGUAUAA